AUGCCAUGGAUCCAUAUCGCCUUGGCCAUUCCUAUUGACGCUCCGGGUUUGGUUGUCGGUGGAAUCGUUACAGUCGAGUUGUUACACUCCGAAAUGUCCUACGUUGCAGCUUUAUGUGUCAGGAAGGAUUUCAGAAAAAAACAGUUGCUCUAUUCUGGUAGAGAGAAGAAAAGACCAACUGAGCGACAUCAAAAAUGCUCGAACAGACAGCGUGCCAGUGCACUUGUCCACUCAGCUAGGAUGCCGUGGAUCCAUAUCGCCUUGGCCAUUCCUAUUGACGCUCCGGGUUUGGUUGUCGGUGGAAUCGUUACAGUCGAGUUGUUACACUCCGAAAUGUCCUACGUUGCAGCUUUAUGUGUCAGGAAGGAUUUCAGGGGAAGAAGGAUUGGCUCGGCACUGUUUUCAUUAUUUGAACAAAUAAUCAACGAAUUUCAUCGGAUCGGCUUCUGUGAUAUUGCUAGUACUACUCCUUUUGUACUGCUCAUGCUUCAUAAAAAUUUUUCAGCCUUCAAAAAUGCCAUUGCCAAUCAGACGGCAUGGAAAUUGGUUUUGGCAACAACCGGUGUCAGAAACGAGAUGGAAAAAAUUCUCCUACGACCACCACAUUUCCCGUUUCGAGCGAAAUAUUCAGUAAAGAAAUUAGUUGGUUAUGCGGGGAAUAUUGUCGAGACUUAUCGGCAGAUUUUGUCUACCUCCAAAAAGGUUUUUUUUUUGCUGAAAUAUUUAGUAAGGCGUUUGAAAAUUUACAUGUUCGAAAGGAUCAGGUCUGUUUGCAGCCUGUGUUUCAUACAUACAAUCAGAAAUGCAGUCAGGGAACGGAAAUCUACGUCCCCAGUAACAUCACUAACAUAG